CCCCUCAGGAGGUGUGUUGUCUGUCAUACUUGGAGACAUGCGAGACCUGGCGGUGGACGCUAUAGUGAACGCUGCGAAUAAGGACUUACAGCAUGGAGGCGGUGUGGCUAAAGCCAUAGUGGAUAAGGGUGGAAGCGCUAUUGUGAAGUUCUGUGACCGGUACAUCAAGGAUAACGGCCAACUGGUGGAUGGAGAGGCUGUGUGUUCCCCCGGCAGGGACCCUGCCCUGUAAGGUGGUGAUACACGCUGUAGGACCAGUCUGGGCAGGAGGGGACGAGGGAGAACAGGAGGUCCUGAAAGAGACUGUGGGGAACAUCCUCAAGGUUGCUGAGUCCAACAAAAUCAAAUCCAUCGCCUUGCCUGCCAUCAGCACAGGUAUAUUUGGCUACCCUGUACAGGAAGCUGUCACUGCGAUCAUGGAGGCCCUUCUCAGCAUGUGGCAGCCUGACCCACUGGACUAUGAUGGCCCUCAACACGUGUACCUCUGCGACAUCAAGUCCAACACAGUUGACAUGUUUGUGGAGAUCGGCAACAAGCUGUUUGAGAAAGACGGAGGCCAUCAUCCUGACAGUGACUUUGACAGCAGUGAGGAAAGUAUUAUGGAGGAAGAACCUGUUCACUACAGUAACAGUGGAUCGGACUCAGAAGAUGCCUCAGAUACAGAUUCAACCAGGGAAUCAACAUCCAUAGCAAGCGAUGAUGGUGAUACAGACUCUCCCGGUAUCAACGUUGUCAGCAGGGAACUUGCGUCUGUGAAGGCGGAUGUUCUGGUGAGUCCAGCUCAGUGUGACCUUGACCUUUCCUCCGGCGCCGUGUCAAUGUCUCUGCUCAAAGCAGCUGGUCCCCAGCUACAAGAAGAGUGUGACCGGAAGUAUGAGGAAGGUAUCAACCUUGGUGAGGUCGCGGUAACAAAGGGAGGCAAUCUGCAGUGCAAGUCAGUCUUCCACGGUUUGCUGUUGAAAUGGAAUAAUGGCAAAGGGAAGGCAGAGAAGGUAUUGCGGACUCUGGUGACAGAAUGUCUGACGGAGGCGGACUCCAGGGGGUAUAACUCUAUCGCCUUCCCUGCACUGGGCACUGGGCGACAAGGCUUCCCAGCCGACAUUGCAGCCGACCUCAUGUUCAGCACAGUCCGGACAUUCCAGGACACUCACUCAGCAUCUCCUCUACAAUCUGUGUACUUCGUGGUGCAUCCCAGUGACCGAGCUGUGUUGAAGGCAUUCAAGGCCGAGCAUCAGAGGCCCUAUGGCGAUACGGACUGGAUGACUUCCACUGCCAGUUCGCAUCCCCGGGCCCCCCGGGCUACUACAUCCAGGGGCCGAUGGGGAUCUUCCAGGAGGCACCGCACAUUCGGGAGGGGCCAUGUACCAGAUGCCCCCACACAAGAGUCAUCAGCCCCAGCUGGGGUCUCUGCAUUGGGUAAACUUCUCAACACGGUGAAGGGGUUCAACUCUGGCUCCCCGACUGGCUCCAGCUAUAAACUCGGUACAGUCACAGUUGUCAUCGCGCAAGGUGAUGUAACCAUGGAAACCACUGACUGCAUCGUCAACUGCUGCAAGGAAUCAUGUGACCUAACUUACAGUGCAGUCUCCAAGGCGAUACUGCGAGCAGCAGGGCCAGGCAUACAACAGGAAUGCUUCGAGAAGAGACAUCUUAUGGCCAAGUAUGGAUACAUCUUGACUUCCGGUGGUAGUCUGAGAUGUAAGAUGGUAGCCCAUGUGAAGGCCCAGCAUUCCAACUCUGGAUGGGCACAUGUUUUGAGUCAGUGCAUGGAUUGGGUGAACAAGAAGGGCAUGUCGACCAUGUCAGUACCUGCUCUGGGCACAGGCGGGCUCAAGCAAUCACCCGAGAAGAUGGCAGGCGCCAUCUAUGAUGCCAUCAACAAGUACGGAGCCAGCCACCCCGCUCCGAGCCUGAGCCAGGUGCGAGUGGUGAUCUUCCAGGAGGAGAUGGUGAACAGUUUCAGGACAGUGUUUGCUGGCGGCCGUCCAUCCCUCCCCACACAUAGGACAAGGGGUGAUCGAGGCGGAAGAAGUAAAAUGUCACGUCGAAGAUCGAAACCUUCACGUCACGAGUCCCCAGACGUUGGUGUUAUUGACACCAGCAACAAACACAUCGACGACAGCGUGAUCCUCUGCAUCUACACCGACGAGAAGAAGCAUGCUGAAGCAGCUAAGAAGAGGAUUACGACCUUGUGCAAGGAGGAGUUUGAUCACAAGCCGCUGUCCAAGUCUUGGAAUGAAUUCAUAGGCAAACUGAAAGCCAAGGAGGUGUCCGCUCUGUACCGAGUUGCAGACGACAAUGGGGUUGCACUCUCCAAGACAGCAGAAGGCUUGACUUUGACAGGCCUAGUCCGGUUGGUGUCGGCAGCCCAUGAUAUCAUUGUGGAGAAGCUGCAGACUUUGCAGAAGAAGUUCCUGAUGCAGAGGGAGGCGAGCACAUUAGCCCAGCUGGUGCAGUGGGUGUAUGUGGACGAAAAGGGACGCAGCACACCCUUCUCGCCAGGCAUCAACUGUCAACUUGAGAAGGCCCGUAAUGAUAAAGUAAAGACGCUUGAGAUAGAGGACUUCAAGGGACGGAAGUACAAGGUCGACUUGGAAGCCAAGCUGGAAUAUCCUGCCGGGGGAGGCAAACCAAUGACUAUCCAUCGAAUGGAAAAGGGGGCGCCGUCGGGUCUAGGCCGGUACGUGGACGGUGAGAAGGAGGCUCUGGAUGGCUCCACCACCGUCUACUUCCCCAUCACACCCGAGAGGAACUUCAAGGGGACAGCAGAAGACCUCCACUUCAGGACUGCCGAGUCCCAGUUCUACAGGCUGCUGAGUAACCAGGGAGGGAGAUACAAGGUUGUGAAAGUUGAAUACGUGGUGACUCCUGAUUUGGUGAGGCGGUUCAGAUCCGCACAGGAAUCCCUGAAGAAGUCUCGCGGCGAGAUGAACGCACAGCCCAUCCUGGCUUUCCAUGGAACUGAUGAGGGAAACAUCACAAAGAUCUGCGAGAAGGGAUUCCUCAAGCAUGGCGAUGCCGGGUUCCAGAUGAAGUCCGGCAACAAGUACGGCAACGGCGUCUACUUCAGCGAGUUCCCGGACUACUCCAUGCGCUACAUCCGGGGCUCCACCAAGCUGCUGCUGUGCAAGGUCCUGCUUGGAAAGACGUACACGAUCUCCAGCUUCACACAGGGCAGUAGUGUACAUUCAGGCUACGACUCCCACACAUCAGCAUGCGGCAAGGAGCUCGUCAUCUUCGACACUUCCCGGAUACUGCCGUCAUACAUAGUCCACUACAAGUAGAGCCAAUCUAAAUUCAUAUCUGCUUCAACUUUCAACGUUAAAUUAUUACGUCAUUUGCACGCAAGGGUCGUGAGAUUUAGUGGUCAUCCUUUCCAGCUUUAAUUAUUACAUCAUGUGCACACAAAAGUCGUGAGAGUUAGCGGUUAUCAUUUCUAGGUUUAAUUUUUACUUCAUGUGCACACAGGGGUCGUGAGAGUUAGCGGUCAUCAUUUCUAGCUUUUAUCAUUACGUCUUGUGCGCACAGGGGUCGUGAGAAUUUUAAGCCGUGCAAAUAUCUUCUGUUCGUGUUCUCAAUAUGCACACCUGUCGUCUGCUCCACAGGUCACGUGUCUCUUUGUGCCAAGAAUGAUCAUACUCAAAAUUCUAACCUGCUCCCGAUGCGGGCAUGUGCGACCCCCCUAAGGUUGACCAGUGGACGAGUGAUGGUUAAACUUAAAGUGGUCAUUACAACAUGACAUUGUGCAGACAACACUCAUAGUGAAGCUGAUUGUUUGUCCAAGUUGCCAUUAUCGUGCCCUAUGGUUUAUACGUUGUCAUAGUGUAUGUAAAGUGUUUGUUCAUGCGACGGUGUAGUCAAAGCACUGGCUAACGGCCGUCCCGUCAGAUGUUGAUGUGACGGAUGUGUGCUAAUUAUGGACAUUGACCACAGACUAGAACACUAGCCAGUGUGGUAGUACUAGUGGACACAGUCCUUUAUCAAAUAUGGUCCGUCUGAACUUGAUAGUACAUAUUUAUCUAACAUCCCCUCCCCUUCCAAGGCAUGUAAGACGCGUCCCGUAUAGGGCUUAAUAUUACUAGCUUCUACUGCUGUUAGAUGUCAGGUCUAAAUGUCGAUUUUACCUUCUGUCCAUGAUGCCACUGUUAUUCAUAUGCAUGUUAAUGUCUAUUUUAUGUUAACAUCUCACACCUAUCAGCUAAUUUGGGAUGUGAAAUGUUGGUAAGACAUUUAUCCAUUUGUCAUCUAUGGACAGGUCAGUGUAGCCGCCAUUCUCCUCGGAGUCACACAUUAUCUUCACUGGAGUUGUCAGCUCUUUGAGGUAACGGUAAUGGUUAACAUUUUAUCAUUUUGUAUAAUGAUUAAAUGCACCGUAGUGAAUCCAAACCGAGGGUGCAAGAUGUUAUUUAGUGUUGUGGUGGCCCCAUUUAGUUCACACGCCAUAUGUCGCACACCUGGACAAGGCUGAUCGCUGACCCCCUUCCCCUUAUCUCAAUGUUAUCAUGAUCCAGGCAGAGCCCAGUACCAUUACAGGCAACAUUGGUCACAUCUAUACAUGUGUACUGAUUCAUCACCACUAUCUAUCUAAAAAUGUAAACACGUUAUCAUAGUUAUUCUCUUUUUUUAGAUACAAAAACAUGACAUCAAAUCACAACCAAAUAUAUACCAUGCUUUUGUAUGCAGAGUUUGGCGGUAUCUCACAGUGACAAGCAUAUCAUAACAAAAGACAUUGUAGGAAAAAAGAUCAGUUGUACGUUAGUAUCAAUCAAACAGUUGAUGGAAAUCAGACCAGAAUCAAACAAAUUCGGUAAAGUUACAAGAAGAGAUGGCAUGUGUUCUGUCGAUAUUGUAAAUUUUACUUAUUUCCUUUCUGAUCAUAUCGAAACUUGGUGUACAAAUAUAUGCUUGGAUUUUAAAAUGAGUAAAUUUGAUAUUCAAUGUGA